UGUUGAUUCAAAGACAUUUGUUAGUUUUUAAAUUGCAAACUCGUUUUGGCAUUCGCAUGUCCGUCUCUCUCGUGCAUUUUAACUUUGUUUUCACAACAAAAACAUUGCAAUUUUAUACCGAUAUGUGAUUAGUUAGUUUGUGUAUUUUAAUAUUUAAAUCUUACUUACGGUGCCUCUUUAUCAACACAGCCGGCGGAGGACGCAAGGCCACGCAAACUACAAAAAACCUCAACAGGGAACAAACAUGUCCACUUUUAGAUAUGGGAGUAGUGUUGGACCGUCUGGAGUGAACUCUGAUAAUACACCGUGCACUUGGGAGGACGACACUGAACCGGAAGAUGCCAGUGACCCCAACAGGCUUGUGCAGUGCCCCUAUGACAAAAACCACCAGAUCAGAGCCUCACGUUUCCCCUUUCACGUGCUCAAGUGCAGAAAGAAUCACCCAAAACUGGCUGGUGAAUUGAAGACCUGCCCCUUCAAUGCCAGGCACUUGAUUCCUCAGCAUGAAUUGUCCCAUCAUGUAGCAAACUGUGAGGAUAAGAAGUCCCUCAGUGCUGAAGGGAAUGGUGAGGUCCUGCAGAAAUUCCAGGUUCCCCUUAACACCUGGACAAAUCCCUCACCCAAUGAGAAUUGGGAAGCAGAGACUGAUGAUGCUGCUACUCUGUUUGUUUGGGGUAAAUCCAACAAUCAGCUUGCCCAAAACAAGCCAGAACCUACAACUACAAACAGCUUAUCCGAUGGAUUACGGGCACCACGGACUCUUCCAUGGAAACUCUGAUGUCACCCCUGGAUGAACAACACUGGACAAACUCUUGUUUUAUUUUUUUUAAUACUUUGAGUGUGAUUUCCUAGCCUAACUCGUUGAAACUGUACCUCUUAAAGUUUGUUUUUAAUUUUGCAGAGCUGUAGAAGACAUGUUUCCCUUUGUCUAUUUUCUGAAAAUUAUUUUACCAUGCAGUCCAUAAAUGCUCAAAUAUGGUCCAUGUCUGAAGUCACUCCCUGUUAGUUCUCCUUUUAUAGGAGUCAUGCUUGGGUCUCAGUGUUAUGAUGUUUGGACUGCUUGCUUUAAACUUACAUUUUGUGGAAGUGCUACUAUUCUAAUCAUAACCCAGAUCAUUCAAUAAAGGUUUUGUUAAGGAAACAAGAGUUUUCAUGCC